AUGACGAUUCCGGCUAUACACAGCGAUGAUACAACAACUAAUAAGUCCCUCAUACCUGGAGCGUGUCUGCAUGCAUUUUUAUCACAGCAACCACCAGCAGAGGUUGACCUCGGUGACUGUGAAGAAGACAGAUUUGUCACACUCUCGCAACUGCAGCACCAACAACCAACAUUUCCAGUAGAAGAAGCUUUCAGAAACUGUGGAGGCACGCGCUCGGGGAAAAUAAUCAACGAUCCUGUUCAUGGCCACAUGUAUUUUCCAGGUCUAGUUGUUGACGCAAUCGACACGCCCCAAGUACAGCGACUGCGCGAGCUGAAACAGCUCGGAACUGCAUACUAUGUUUUUCCUGGUGCAUCGCACAAUCGAUUUGAGCAUUCGCUUGGAACAUGCCAUCUGGCCACUAACAUGUUUGAGGCGCUUAAACGUAGCAGUGGAAAGUGCGGCAGUGCUUGCCUUGAUCACGUGGACAAGAUAUCAAUACAGCUUGCAGGUUUGUGUCAUGACCUGGGCCAUGGUCCGUUCAGUCACGUAUUUGACAAUGAGUUUCUUCCGCGGCGUUACUCGAAUUGGGAUCGAAAGAACCCUCUGUGGAACCACGAAGUGAUGUCGGCAAAUAUGUUUGAGUGGAUGGUGGACGAAAACCACAUUGAUAUAGGCGAAGACGUGGUGAAGCGCGUUCGUGGGCUCAUAACAAGUGAAGACAGCAAUGCUAUCACAGGGAAACGUUUUCUGUGGGACAUAGUUGCAAACAAGCGUAACUCUGUUGAUGUCGAUAAGUUUGACUACCUGAUGCGAGAUUCUCAUAAUGCUGGUGUCAAGGGGAGUGCUGACAUUUCACGCCUCGUGUCCUUCAUGAAGGUGAUUGAUGAUGAAAUAUGCUUCAAGGCUAGUGAAGUUCACAACGUUUAUGAACUCUUCCAUACUCGCGCUAGUUUGCAUCAGAAAGUUUACACGCAUAGGAAAGCCAAGGCAAUCGAGUACAUGGUUGUAGAUGCUCUCACUGAAGCUGACGUCAUAUGGGACAAUGAAAUAUCCAGUGCCAUCUGGAACACUGAACAGUUUAUCAAGCUCGAUGAUAGCCUUCUCAAGCGGAUUGAAUGGUCAGCGGAGCCUCAGUUAAAGCAUGCCCGGGCUCUAGUCCGCCGGAUCCGCUCACGUGAUCUGUAUCACUAUGUGAAUGAAUAUGCGGUUCCUGAAGAAGACAUCCUGAAUUUCAAACCUGUCACAGAGGUAAGUAUCUCAUCCUGCCAAGGACAUAACCGCAUACCGGGAGGAUUGAAACCAAACGAUAUAAUUGUUCAAAACAUGAAAAUUGACUACGCAAUGAAGGAUAAGAAUCCUGUCGAUUCAGUAAAGUUUUUCCAGGAUUACACAGAUGAAAAUUCAUUUCAUAUCGAUAAGAGCAAGGUAAGCGCUUUGUUACCGAGCAGUUUCAUUGAGCGGAAGGUCAGGGUCUUCUCCAAGAAUCGAGACCCGGUGUACAUUGAAGCUGUUGAAGAAGCCUUUCUUAAUCAUCAACGAAAGAUGUAUCGCACUGCGCAGCAACUUACCCCUGCUCGAAAGCGGUUGAGGAAUCGGUAAUGGAUUUACAUUUCUUUUUUUAUGCACUUGAGAUUUGCUCACUGCUCACUGCUCUCUAAUGUACAUAUAAGACUAUGAUACUCUU